ACACACUGACCAUGGCAUCUGAAAAGCCAAUACUUUAUAGCUAUUUCCGAAGUUCCUGCUCUUGGAGAGUGAGAAUCGCGCUGGCUCUGAAAGGGAUUUCCUAUGACCUGGUGCCAGUGAACCUCCUCAAGGAUGGGGGGCAGCAGUUUUCUGCUGAAUUCAAGACAGUGAAUCCAAUGCAGCAAGUCCCAGCCUUGAAAAUUGAUGGCAUCACCCUUUCUCAGUCGCUAGCUAUAAUUCAUUACCUAGAAGACACCCAUCCUAACCCCAGGCUCCUCCCCCAAGAUCCGAAGAAGAGAGCUCAAGUCAGAAUGAUUGCGGAUCACAUUGUCUCCGGCAUUCAGCCACUCCAGAACCUGAAUGUCCUGAAACAAAUAGGGGAGAAAAAAACUGAAUGGGCUCAAAAUUGCAUCGCAUCUGGCUUUCAAGCACUCGAGCAGAUUCUGCAGCACACUGCUGGGCGCUACUGUGUGGGGGAUGAAGUUUCCAUGGCUGAUCUGUGCUUGGUGCCUCAAGUUUCCAAUGCUGAAAGAUUCAAAGUGGACAUGGGUCCAUAUCCCACAAUAAUCAGAAUAAACAAAGCUCUCCUGGAGUUAGAGGCAUUCAAAGUAAGCCACCCAUCCCGGCAGCCAGAUACUCCUGCAGAGCUGCAAGCUUGAAGUCCAGUCCUACUCAUUAAAUCAAGUAAGCUGGAGUGUUAAAGAGGAAAAUAGCUAAAGCUUGAGUAGGACUUCAGUGGCAGCAGGAAGCCCUAGUACUAUUGUCUCACU